UCUAAUUUUUUAUAUCAAAGAUUUUGUGAUUUGAGUCUUUAAUCUUUGUUAUUUUAUCCACUUCCCAAAAGUUCUUCAGGUACUUGUUGACGGGGAUGUUAUCUGCACACCAGAUGCAGUGGAAUCACUGGUUUCAAUGCUAACAUUUAUGACUGCAAUAUGUGAAAAGUUUCCCCCAGGCAAGGCAAAGUUGGUUUCAAUUGUUCCAGCCUUAAUUUGUGAUAUAAUUGCAAAAGAGACAAAAAGCAUUGAUUUGAGUAUUGAGGCUGUAAAGCUAUCAAAUAUGAUUCUUGCAGAUGAAGCUAAUCAUGACUUGGAUCAAACUGAUGCUGUGUACCUGGCUUCCAAAGAAUUAGAGGGUAAUAUGGAAUGUCUGCUUGUUGGUGCUGGAGAUUUUGAACUACAAGCAGGAAUGGUGGAAGUUAUUGUUCGUCUCCUUUCAUGUGCCAAAAGACUUUCACAGGCUCCACAGUGCUUUACCAAUAAAUCUGUUUCUCAGGCUUUCAGAGAUAUCAGCUUGGAAGAUUUUGAGGCAGGUUGUAGGCACUUUCUUAACACUUUAAAUGAGAGUCAAAAGGAAAAGCAAAGUGUGACCUCAAUUCCUUGUUAUUCAGCUUACUUUGGAACACUAGAGGUUUACCAGCCAAACUAUGAGAAAAUAAAGGAGUUUUGGAUAGAUUUUAACUAUGGCAGUGAGUCCAUCACACUUUUUGUUGAGGAGCUAGACAAAGAUGGCAAUUACAAGGAAAGUAGCUCAUGGGAGACAGUGCUCAUUAAGGCAGCAGAUGUUGAGGACUACCGUAUCAAAGAUUUAGAAACAAAGAAAGAUGAGGUUGCCCUUCUUUUAAAGCUAAAGCAUGCUGCAUCUGACCUUGUUUCCUUUGGACCUCAAUUUGACAAUCAGUUUGUCAAGUUUUCUUUUAGUGGAAUUUUUGCUAACCUUCUGACAUCUGUAGUACAAAAAAUAAUGGGAAGACCAAAAUUUCCACCCAGUAGUGACUCAGAUGUAAGCUUGACUCCUUCAACAAAAGCCUCAGUAGCCAUUGAUCCUGUGUGCAUUAAAAGCACAAAAACCGAGGUGACAUAUGUUUUGCCCAUCAUGCCCACAGCAACUGUGAUGUCGCAGGAACAAAGAAGAAGUGAUAGUUCAACUGAUCUCGAUAUGAGUAAGGACAAUUCUUUGGAGAAAUCCUUACCAACAGCUUUCAAAGUAAGCAAGAGAUUAAAAGCCAGUAAAAGAAAGGGAAGGACCUUGUCAAAUGGUGCAAAGAACUACGAGGGUAUUAGAGAAAAAGUUUUCUCUACCAGACGUUCCCAUCCAUUGGUUGAGAGCCAAAAGAAAAGCAUUGGCACCUUAUCCAUGGUGACUCCAGCCAGAAGACAAACCCCAAGAUCUGGUAAGAGGAGAAUUAGGUCAUGCACCCCUACACAAGUAAAGGGUAACGGAAGGAGGAAAGCUGAAAAGACAAAGCUUGCAUUCAGCUCCUUGUCAGAUGUACUUCUUGAAAGGGACAUUUCCUCCAUUAAAGGAUUAAAAAAGGAUAGAACGGCAAGCAGUGUGGUUUUAGUGCCAAAUCCAGCAAAGAAACAUCAGAGAAUUGGAGAUGUUGUUUACAAUGAAGACAGGAUUGACAAUGGAAAAUAUAACACAGGAAAUGAUAUCCCUAAAAAGCAAGGGAUGAAAGAAGGUGCCACUAAUAAAAGAUCCUUGCAAAGCGCUCAAGCAGAAAAGAAGCAAGUGUCAUCUCGUGUACUUGCCCUCAAAUCCACAAGCGAUGCUAGCAAUGAGGAUGAUUACCUUGAAGAGAAUCAGCACGAGACGGCUUUGGCUGAUUAUGAAAUUGAAAGCAGUGAUUAUACUACAGAAUGCUAUCCAGAGGCUGAGUAUGGAACGUCUUCACCGGUUAUUAAAGUUGACAAUGCAUCUCAAAGCCAUAAAUCAUUGGAGGAAGCUUUACCCGUCAGUCUUUAUGAUAUGGAUGAUUAUGCAGCUUUCGACUAUCAAAACACAAGCAAGCAAGUUUCAAAGAAAUUCAGGAUAGAGAAGGACAGGGUGGAAAUUCUAGAAACGAAAAACAACAGGUUUUUGCAAACCCCAAAAUCAUGCAAAGAGUUGGGUGAAAAAUGUGACGGAGAAGAAUCUCAACGCAGCUUAAUGAAACUCUCUAAGGUUACUCCAAUAGGUGAAGCUUCAGAAACGAGUGACGUCACCGAACAAGGCGAAGAUAAAGAGAAGGAUGUUGAAGCUGACUUCGCUCAUAGUGAUAUUGAAAUAGAUUAUAACUUUGACAUCGAUAUGACGCCAAUUUAUAGACGCAAAUAUAGGAAUGAGCAAAGAUCGGCUGGAAACAAUAUGCAGCUAAGAUCCAGUAAAGGGAGGUUAGGUUUGAAGCAUGCUGUGCCUCGAGAUGACUCAGGGAUUGGUGAAACACCUUUCCAAAGAAAUCAAACAAAAGUCCCCAAGAAAAAGUCUUUGAGACAAAGGCCUCUUCAAGUAUCCGUCGUAAAGACACCAAUCACACCAAGAUCAGAACUAGCUGAGGAUAACUGUGCAGAUGUUGAGAGUGGAAAGGAGUCCGUCUCAUCUCCAGAGUCAGGAAAGGAAAUUGUGGUUAGAAAGCGAAAGAGGAAAUACGUUGAGUGGACACGAUCAGGCCCUAGUCAUUCUUGUGGCACCUCUCUUAUAGCAAGGAGUAAUGAACAUAGAGAAGGCUGGUACAAUCCAAGUAUUUACAGGCCCAGGAAACUUUCAUAUGAAGAAAACAGAGAGGAGCCUCACGAAGAAGACGUUGAUGACGAGGAUGAAGAAACCAGGCAAGAGGUACAGGGAUUGAUCAAUUUUUCUGGACGAAAGAUUAAGAAAGCGGUUCGUAGAAAGCGUUUCAUGAUCCGAUCGUUUGUAGAGAAAUCCAAUGAGGUCAUGUUUACCACCAUUGACUCCCUAUGGAGUCAAAAACAGGAAGCCAGGUACGAUAAAUUGAGAAGCUGCAAGAACCAAUUCUCAGAACAGGUUCAAGUUCUGAAGAAGGAAAUUGAUAAAACAUCUGUGGUCGUAAGAGGAAUGGAGGAAACAUUCAAUGGUUUGAAGAAACAAUUCAAGAUUCUCAAGAACCAAAGACAGGUAGAAAACAAGAGGUUCAAAGACUUGGAAAAUCUUCAAGUUGUCAUGGACACUGAACUCACAAAGUUCAAGCAGGAAAGGGAAGAACGAGAGAUAGCAGUGCGCACUGAGAUGAAAAACGAAAUGGAGAAACUGCAGGAUAAAUUUCUUCAAGACACUCGCAAGCAGACAGAAGAUUACCUUAAGAUGACAUUGAACACCUUGCGAAUUAUUUGAGGUCGUUACAAGGACUUGCGUUUUUGGUCUUACUUUGUUAAAAAAAGAUGAAAAGAGAAGGAAAUUAAAGGAACAAUGAAAGGAUAAUUUUUUAUCCUUAUGGAGCAAUUCUGUUAAAUGGAAAUUGUUCUCUUGGUGUCUACCAUAACGAAAUGGCUGGUGUUUGGUAACUUGCUGGAUAGAGGUUGUAACAAGUUAUCGGGUCUUUUGGUAUUACAAAUUGAAAGACAAUAGGUUGAGCCAACAAUGAAAAAAGGCAAACGUAAAAAACGUAAUUCAGGAAAAAGUAAUUGAUGGAGUGGUUUUUAUGAAACAAUCCUAAGUUUAGUGUUCUAAUUUAAGGCUACUUUUUCUAGAAAUACGCAUUGAAAUGAUUAUUUGAUUGUAGCUGAAACAGUUUCAAAUAUUAAAUUGAUUUAUGUAUGGCA